AAAACUGCGUCAAACUAUAACACGCAUUUGCGACUCGGGAAAACAUUGUUUUGAAUAUACAUUAGCAAAAGACUAUAGUUCUGCGCAUAAAAAUCGUAACCUAAAACGGAAUAUUUGUAGCUGACCUUCAACGUCAAUUUAAAAUAAUUCAAUGAUUACUUGGUAUUUAAUUGACAUCGGGCUCGUUGGUUGCCUCGCGACGUUCGCUACGCGGCCGUGCUGAAAUAAGUUUUGGAUUGUGUUGUAUUUUUUGUGAAUUAUUUACAUAGAUAUAAAUUUUGAAAUCCACACAACGGAUCUAAUAUGGAUGGUCCCGCAGGACCAUCAGCAAGCGUACCUGAUGGUGGCGUGAGCAGCAACACAGAAGCCAUGGACAGGCUACGGAUGGAUGACAGCUGUCAGAAUAAGACAGAAGUUAAAGUUAGGAGUAAGAGAUAUGGCAGGGGAGCAGUAGAGUCAGGUUUGACGCACGAGUGCGGCGUGUUCGGCGCAAUAGGCAUGGGAGAAUGGCCGACCCCGGUCGACAUACCGCAAGUGUUAACUUUAGGAUUGGUAGCGUUGCAGCACAGAGGGCAAGAAUCAGCGGGCAUUGUGACGUCAGAGGGCAAAAGCGCCCGCACGUUCAACACACACAAAGGCAUGGGUCUCAUCAACAAUAUAUUCAACGAUGACGCCAUGAAGAAACUGAAGGGCAACCUCGGCAUCGGACACACGAGGUAGGGCCUUCGAGGAUUUAUACCUUG